AUGGAUCAACUAACUGAAUUCCUCGCCAAAAGUCCUCAUAUCCGCUAUGCAACUCCUGAAUCACCCGACUUUGAGGAGCUACGAUUAGGCUUCCUCAUUAACGAAAGCAACAUCCCCGCAAUCGUCAUCCGCCCGCGCUCAGCUGAAGAAGUAGCAGCGCUGAUACCUGUAUUGACCAAGAACAACUUACAGUUCGCCGUCAGAGUUGGCGGGCAUGAUAUGUUUGGCCGAUCUCAAGUUACAGGCAAGGUGACGAUUGAUCUGCGAGAAAUCUCCCACGUCAAUGUCGAUGUCGAGUCCCAAACUGCACGAUUGGGUGGCGGCGUCAUCUGUAUGGAUAUGCUGGAAGAGCUGCAGAAACACAAUGUGACCACGCCGUUUGCUGUUACUCCAUCCGUUGGUCAGGUUGGCUGGGCAAGCUUUGGUGGUUAUGGCCUUCUCAGUACUACAUACGGGCUUGGUGUAGAUCAGAUCGUGGCUGCCAAGGUCGUUGAUGCAGAGGGGAAGAUUCGCGACGCCGAUGAAACCAUGCUGACGGGUAUUCGGGGAGGUGGGGGUUCAUUGGGAGUGAUUGUGGAAAUGACCGUCAAGAUCUACCCUCAGGACCAGGUAUUGGCCGGUGUCAUCUUUCUCAAUUCGGAAGACUUGGCUGCUGUGGUCAAACAAUUCAAUGCCGCUUAUAGCCAAGCAAAGCAGGAAGGUCUUCCUUCAUCGCUUCAUCUAUACCAGGCUAUUCUAAACGGGCCAGUCGGCAAAACUUUAUCAAUUUUCUUCAUGUGGUCAUCGUCAGACCUGGAAGAAGGCCAGCGGUGGCUGUCAAAAGUUUCAUCAUGGUCACCAGUUGCAGUGAGCACUGUUCAGCCAACCACACACAAAGAUUUUGCUGCCUUUGCAAACUCGAUCAUCCCAACGCAUACAUAUGGAACAAUCUUCACGAUCAACUUCUACGAUCUGACCCCUGAAGUCUUGGAUGUUAUUGGAACACAUGGACCAAGACAGCCCAAUAAUCCGGAACUGCUGUUUGGAGUCCAUGAGCUUCGCCACGAUGCCCCGAGAGAGCCGAAUCUUGGAACGGUCUUUGAUAAUCGCUGCGCACACUAUUUGAUCGAGAUCAUCCCAUUGGGUUCAACCCCGGAGAUUCUCGCUGAGGGUAUUGCGUGGGGUAAAGAGUUCAUCAGCGCUCUGCGUAAAACCGAUGAUAAGAAUAUCAUACCGUCGACGUAUAUCUCUUUGACCUCGCCCGAGGAGGUUGACAUGAACAAGAUUUAUGGAAGCCGCUACGAGGUUCUGAAAGGGAUCAAGGAACAAUACGAUCCCCAGAAUGUUUUCAACAAUACAUUGGCGCGAUUCUAA